AUGGGUAAGGAAGAGAUAGUCAGUACUGCAGUUCAUGAGAUUCAUGAGACUGGAUUAGAGAAGAGAUUUAAUAUUUGGUCAACUACGGCCAUGCAAUGUACUCUUAUUUGUUCACCUUUAGCUAUUGGAACAUUUUUAAGUACAACUCUGGGAUUAGGAGGCUCACCAUUCUUAGUUUGGGGCUUUUUAGUUGCAGUUUCAUUUCAAUUGUUCAUCUGCUUUAGUUUAGCCGAAUUAGCGAGUGCAUAUCCUCAUUCAUCAGCUCAAAUUCAUUGGACUUAUGUAUUAGCACCCAACAAAUUCAAGAAAGUUUCAAGUUAUGUAGUUGGUAUUUUGAGUUUAGGUGGUUGGAUAUUUGCUUGUUUUGCUUCAACUUUUGUAGCUACAAGUUUUGUUUUCUCUUUAGUUUCUUUAUAUCAUCCCGAAUUUGUUUAUGAAACUUAUCAAUUUUAUUUGGUUUAUGCUGCUAUUGUUGUAGUUGGAUUUUUCAUUAAUUCUUUUAGUAUUAAAGUAUUACCUUUACUUACUAACUCUUUGGUGGUAGUAAUUAAUACUGGUACUUUAUUCAUUUUGAUUGCUUUAUUGGUUAAAACUAAUCCUAAACAAUCAGCUUCUUUUGUAUUUAAAAACAUUAUUAAUGAUACUGAUUGGAGUAAUGGAGUAGUCUUUUUCCUUGGAUUAUUACCAUCAAUUGCAUCAGUUUGCUUAUUUGAUGGUGCUUGUCAUAUGACAGAUGAAAUCGAACAACCUGAAAGAAACAUUCCUUUAGUCAUGAUCAUGGCUAAUUGUGUUUCAGCAGUGUUAGCAUUUUUCAGUGCUUUAAUUUAUAUGUUCUGUGUGGUUAAUAUUUCUUCAUUAACUGAUCCUUUUGCUGGUCAACCAAUUGUUCAAUUAAUGCUUGAUUCAUUCCAAUCAGAAGCUUUAACCACCAUAGGUGUUGUAGUAUUGAUUAUUACUUUUUGGGGUUCAACCAUGUUAUAUUAUACUUCAACUUCAAGAUUAGUUUGGUCUUUUGCCAUGUCUAAUGGUUUACCAUUUGGAAAUUUCUUUGGUAAAAUCAAUCCUUCAUUGAAGGUUCCCUUCAAUUCUAUUAUGUUAGUUUCAGUGGUUUGUUUAAUUUUAGGUACUUUGAUUUUUGGUAAUUCAAGUGCUUUGAAUGCGGUUUUAGGGUCUGCUAUGAUUUGUAUCAAUUUAUCAUAUAUUUUACCUAUUUUGUUCAAUUUAUACAAUUCAAAAUUCUCCUUCAGUCCUUUCAGAAGAUAUUCAAUUGAAAAUAAUACAUCAAUUGCACCAAUUUUAAAUGAACAAACUAACUUACCUUAUUUCCAUUUAGGAAAAUUUGGGAUUAUUUUGAAUAUUUGUUCAGUUUUCUGGGCUUGUUUUAUAACUGUGUGGUUAUGCUUUCCAUCAUUAAAAGCAGUUACAAGUACUGACAUGAAUUAUGCAUGUGUGGUUUUAUCAGUUACAGGUUUAAUUGGAGUAAUUUUCUGGUUUACUACUGCCAGAAGAUUAUAUAAUCAUGACAUGGAUUUAAAACAUGUAUAG